UGGUGGGGGUAGUGGUGCAGAGAUUGGAAGGGAACCCUCCAGAUACACGCAUAACACAAAAGACAGUAACAAGCUAGGCAUGGACACAUAUUGAAGAUUAGAGAACAAACUUCAGAAGAAGAAAACAACGUGCUGGAUCAAUCUUGAGAAUAUAUUUGGACUACGCUUGGAAGCUGAAGGUUUUUUUUUUUUUUUUUUAACAGGACACUGGGGGUAAGGCUGUUCUGAGGCAGACAAUAAGUGCUUCAAAUGUUUCUGAACUCUUUACUUGUGGUCAUAACUGACCUUGCGGCUGCACUGCUAGGAAAUGUAUUAUUUCGCCGCCAUUUCCAUUUGUUUCUGUCAGCCAUGGUCAUGUUUGGACCCUUGCUGAACUUAUGGGUAUCCCACUAUAGUGUUUUUGCGAAGAGGAGCCAUUAUCUUUACAGAGUUUUUCUGCGUUCAGGCUGGGGUUGGACCUGUAUCUUUGUAGGCUCUUUCGUCUUCCUCCUGUCUUUAUCUGUGCGGCGCUCCUUAACACUCACACUGCGGCAUCUCUCACGGCUGGCUGUAGCAGGCGGGCUGUGGCUGGGCUUCCGGAAGCUGCUUAGCCUGCUGGAGAAUGCCACAGGGAGUUGUUACGAGCCCCUGAGUGGAGCUCAUGAGCUUGCUGUAGGGGCUAAUGAAGCAGGGCAGCCUUUAUUGCUGUUACGGGAGGGUGAGACAAAGGCUGUUUGCAUCAGCUCUGGCAUGGUAUGGCGGGGGUACGAGGUCUCUGAGGACAUCUUUCUGCUUUCUUUUUGUUGCCUGCUGCUGGCUGAGGAGAUGGCUGUGUUUGGGCCCUAUCUGAACCUGGGUGGGAUCUCUGGAGCACCCCUGCGCAUCCUGUUCUUAUUCUGUGUCCUGUUGCUGAGUCUCUGGUUAUUUCUACUUUUCUGCCUACUCGCUUAUUUUCCUCAAUUCCCAAAUCAGCUCUUGGGAGGAGCUCUAGGUUGCCUGAGCUGGAGGGCAACGUACCAGGGCUGGUACCAUAUGGGACCAAGCUGGUACUGCCCUGGAAGGCCUGGGGUGGGUCUUCUGACAACAUAGGGACAAAUAAAAUUAUAACUAAACAAAUAAAAUUAUAACAAAAUAAAAACUAAAAAAUAAUAAAUUUAAUUACUUUGGGGUAAAUAUGUUUGAGGAAUUAUUUAAUAAAGUUUAAUUUGCACAGUUUUGAACUA